AAAAUAAAAAAGUUGGGUUUCCCGACAACGAAAACGGUCACAGUCCACAUUUGGUGCGUCGAUCAUUUUUGGGCAUUAGCACUUUCGUCAAGAGGUUAUCGAUAGGAACCUGACAGAUGCGUACCUUACACAUUUGUGGAAUAAUAUGGAUAGUGUACACUUUCUGUUUCCUAGCCGUACAGUCUGGUCCUAAUGACAAGGACUGGAAAUCACAGACAGCACAAAUCAAGCAAGCCCAAAGCAUUUAUGACAUACUUAGACGAGGUCAACUUUUAAAGGAAGAUUUGGCCGAAAAAAUAGCCAAAAUGGAAGCUGCCGAAACACCAAGUGCUGAAAAUGCUCGACUCUUGGAAGCAAUACAUAUCAAAGUUAUGGGCAUGCAAGCUUUGGAAUCGUUAGUUUUUGGCAUGUUCGAUGUAUACAGUGAUACGAUAGAUGGAACGAUGAUGGAUUACAAGAAAGCUGCCUUGAAACAGCUUUCUGAUUUCCUGUUAGCAUUGCAGAAUUCGCACCACCAACUCCAUCAACCCGCCAAGGAACAGCCACAUCAUGCCUAUGCGUCACAUCCAGCUAUGGAGUACUCAGAGCAUCAUUCACAUGAUGAUUCUGAAAAGGGCAACGACAUUGGCAACGAAGCCGUUAGGGACCUUGUCAAUGGUAUGCUUCAGGAUGUUCGAGAGAACGCUGAUCAUCUAGAGGAAGAAAUGCAUCACAACAUGUUUUCCGACAACCUCAACAAAGAGGAUGGAUCCUCGCUUGAGGCAGUCAUCAAAGUGGAAGACAAUGAUGGAAAUACCAAAGAUGGAUCGGGAUCUGGCAAGCAUCGUAAAGGGGAGGAAGGAAGACAAGUAACCCUAAUUGAUCAAGAAAAUAACCAGUAUGUCAUGGCUCGACCAUCUGACACGACUAUAUUCUAUGAAGAUAUGCAUUUCAUUCAUGAUUUGGUCUUGAUCUUGGUCGGCUCCUUUAUAUUCGGUUGGAUUUUCAGCGCCAUUGGUCUUCCAGCUUUCUUUGGCUACAUUUUAGCUGGCAAUUUAGCCGGACCUUCUGGCUACGACCUUAUCAAGGAACUUAUUCAGACUGAAACGUUGGCACAGUUAGGCGUAAUAUUCAUUGUUUUCGUACUCGGCUUGGAAUUUUCUCUGGAAAAAAUGCGCGCAAUGUGGCGUCUCGCACUCGGAGGAGCCUUGCUGAUCCUUUUCGCAACCGUCGUUAUUUUCUCUCUGGUUGGUGCCGUCAUUGGUGCUAACAUGAGUGAAGCCGUAUUCGUAGGAGCUUGCGUCAGCUUGAGCUCUACAGCAGUUGUUGUGAAGUGCGUUAAAUCAACUGAACUUGAACAAAUGUAUGGCUUACUUGUGAUGCAAGACGUUCUUUUAGGUGUUAUGCUUGCCAUGAUACCUGCUCUCAGUAAAUCGGGCAUAGAAAUAUUCUUCGCUAUCGCAAAGAUGUCUAUCUAUUUAGCCAUCUAUGCAGUCAUCAGCAUUGCUAUUGCACGACUUCUGCCCAUUGCUGUGCGACUCUUGCACCGUACGUUGGGAAAAAAAAUUACGCAACACAGUCAUGAGCUCUUACUCUUGGGCACUAUUGCCAUCUGCUUUGUUAUGAUGGUCCUGUCUGCUAGACUCGAGCUCGGAAUGGAACUCGGAUGCUUCACAGCAGGCGUGAUCGUACGGUCUCGUAAGCAAUGGUUCGAGUCAAGUAUCAGCAUCAUCGAACCCGUGCGGGAUGUUUUCGCCUGUCUUUUCUUUGCAUCUAUCGGCCUUCAUGUUUAUCCGUCAUUCCUUGUUUCGGAAGCUAUGCUCCUUAUUACCAUGACAGCAGCUGUGAUUGGUUUCAAGUACGUCAUUAUCUCCGUGGUGCUUGUCCUUUUCAAAAUCGACCUUCAAAAGUCCUCAAUCAUGGCCAUUGGGUUGGCACAAAUAUCAGAAUUCAGCUUUGUACUAGCCAGUCGAGCGAAGCAAAUCGGUGUCAUUAGUCGAGAGGUUUAUUACUUACUGUUGGCGGUUACUGCUAUGACACUGAUGACAACUCCGAUUCUAUGGAAUUUGAUUGCUGGUCGGUCGUCUUCAAGUGCCAGUAAUGCCAAUACCUUCUCUGGCAUUCCCUUGACGAGUGCUGGUGGAACAAAUGGAAGCAAGUGGAACUCGCACGAUUAUAGCAAUCGUACACAUACCCGAUCCACGUCGACGGCUGCUCAACACUCGUUUGCAAAGAUACCAAGGGGUAGAGAUGACUCGCACAACGAAGUUGUCAUGCUACCAUUGCUUGACGAGUACGAGAAAGCAGCAUAAUAUAGAACU